UGUGUAUUGGCGAUUGUGGACAGAUCACUGGAUAUGUAUGGAUAGGUAUGCAGAUUUUGCAUUGGUUUCUGGAUUUAUAUAAAUGGAGAUGUGGUCAUUCAAGACUCCAGAGCAUCGAAAACUUCUUCAGUCUAGUUCCACUAUACCAUCUGGCAACCCUGUGUCCAAGCGAGCUUGGAGUUUUUAAGAAAUUAAUUUAAAAAUGCCGCCUGGUACGCAAAUUACGAGCGACAGCGACAUGGAGACCGUUCUGGAGGAGUUCAAGCAGCGCCAUGAGCGCCGGAACAGCACGGGAUCCGCCAAGUACGCCUGCAGCGUGCCCGAAUGCGGCGCCACCUUCAAGCGCCUUGACCAGUUGGACCGGCAUGAAUAUCACCACACGGGAAUCAAGAAGCACGCCUGUGCCUACGAGGGCUGCGACAAAACCUACUCCAUAGUGACGCACUUGAAGCGGCACCUGCGUAGCACCCACGAGCGCCCGGAGUCGGCGGUCAAGAAGACCGUGAAGUGCGCCCUCGAGGAGUGCAGCAAGAUGUUCAUAUCGGUCAGCAACAUGACGCGCCACAUGCGCGAAACGCACGAGAGCCCGCGCGUCUAUCCGUGCAGCCACUGCAGCGCCAAGUUCUCGCAGAAACUCAAGCUGAAGCGCCACGAGAUCAGGGAGCACACGCAGGAGUACCCCUUCAGCUGCUCGAAGUGCUCGCGCGGCUUCUACCAGGAGUGGCAGUGCCAGAGCCACGAGCCCAGCUGCAAGCAGUACGAGUGUCCCGGCUGUCCGCAGAAGUUCGACAAGUGGUCGCUCUACACGAAACACUGUCGUGACACGUUGCACGGCAAGAAUCGCCACAAAUGCGAGCGCUGUGAGUGCGCCUUCGACAAGCCCAGCGACCUGAAGCAGCACAUCGAGGUGAAGCACAAGGAGGCGAGCCAGAAGGAGGAGCACGCCUUCACCUGCACAGAGGAGGGCUGCGGCAAGAGCUACGCGUACCUGAGGAAUCUCCGCCAGCACAUGCUGACCGCCCAUUCGGGCAGGCGUUUCGAGUGCCAGACCGCGGACUGCGGACGCUGCUUCAGCAGUGCCCAGAAUCUGGCGAAACAUCUGCUCAGGGAUCACAAGGAUGGUAAGGUGAAGAAGGACAAGAAACCGAAGGCCAAAGAGGCCAAUCCCCGCAAGAGGAGGCGCGACGCCGGGCGCAGCAAGCACUCGCAGCUCUCCAAGCUGGCCUGCCUGCAACUGGACAAGGACGACGAGGAGGCGGUGCGGGAACGAAAGCCCUUGGCCCUGGAGAAGGUCAAACAAUCGCUGGCGGAGGAUCCCGUCGAGGAGCUGCUGGCACGCGCCCUUCAAGAUAUGGAGGAAAUGGAUAACGAGUGAGACAAACACUUCAGAGAAGGGGAAGGAAGAUCAACACUAUGAAAAUUUGGAAUAAUUAAGAGUACUUUCAAAAAAGGACACUGAUUCUACAAAUCAAGAAGAAAAUGGAGCAGAAAAGACGUUAGGCCACUGAAAUACCAAGGUAAAUGCUAGCUAUGUAAAACUUACCACUUAAACCCACCAGAAUUCUCCCUGAUUUCAAGUCAAGAAACUGCUAUAUGAUAAAUAACAAGAAACUUCAGAAGAUCAGUAAGCGAAUGAAACUACCUUUUACAUAUUUUUAAAUGUAAUUAUCAAAAGCAGACUAUAAAAAGUAAAGAAAAUAUAUUAAGACUUCGCUUUCCUUAUUAGUCAAUCGUUUAAAUUAAGCUUCAGUUUAGCUCUUUAUCUAAAAUUAUCUUUUGUCGCCGCCUGGAGCGGAUAAUAUUGAUUUUUAAGUAUUUUUUUAAAUCUUUGACAACCAAACGUCUUUGUAAAUAUGCGAAGUAAGAGCCGCACACGUGGAACUAAGUUAAUAUAAUUUAUGAGAUAUA